UCUGUCGUUAUGAUAUUUAAUAGUAUGAUAGAAUUUCUAUAAUUUUUGAUUAAUUGACAAUAUAAAAUCUAUAUAAAAUAGAUUAUAAUAUUAAUCAAUAUUGUUAUUAUAAAAUAUAUUCUUUAAUAAAAUUGAUAAUUAAUAAAAUAUUUAUUAUUUUAUAGGAUGGUGGUUCAUUAGAUUUAAUAUUGAAGAAAGUAAUGCGUAUUCCAGAAAAUAUUCUUGGUAAAAUAACAGUCGCUGUUCUUCGUGGUUUAAGUUAUUUAAGAGAACGACAUCGUAUUAUGCAUAGAGAUAUAAAACCAUCAAAUAUUCUUGUUAAUAAUCAAGGUGAAAUAAAAUUAUGCGAUUUUGGUGUUAGUGCACAAUUAAUUGAUUCAACAUUACAAACAUUUAUAGGUACACGUUCUUAUAUGUCUCCUGAAAGACUUGAAGGUGCACAUUAUGGAAUAAUGAGUGAUAUAUGGUCAUUAGGUCUUUCACUUGUUGAAAUGGCUCUUGGAAGAUAUCCAAUUCCACCACCAUCAAUUAAAGAUAUUGAUGAUUUAUUUAAACAAGAUCCAAAUGGAAAUCGAUCUCGACCAGAAGGAUUUGGAUGUUAUAAAGUAUUAGCAAUAUUUGAAUUAAUGGAAUGGAUUGUGAAUGAAGCUCCACCAUCAUUACCCAAAACACAUUUUUCUCCUGAAUUUUGUGAUUUUAUUGAUCGUUGUUUGAAAAAAAGUACAACAGAACGAGCUGAUUUGAACACAUUAUUACAUCAUCCAUUUUAUAAACGAUAUGAAAGUGAAAGUGAUAAUCAAGAUGUAGCUUUAUGGAUUCGAGAAAUAUGUCGAUUAGAUCAAAAUCAAAUAAAUGAUAAUAAUUAUCGACGUACUGCAACUUAA